UGAAAGUUGUGAUGGCUGAGUCCAUGAUAUGUUGAAAAGAAGAAGACGAGGGAUAAACUGGAAGAGUGAUUAUAGUUGAGUGUUCUGACGCGGUAGUAUAAAGUGCUGGACACUGGGGAAGGAGAUCCAUGAAAUGAGUGAUGGAAAAUGAGAACUUUCUCAAAGGGUGCAAGCGGCAAAUUGAACGAUAAUCACAUUGUUUCCCGCAUUCAUUUGAAUUGAACCCUCACCAUUACGACGCGCUAUCCCGAUGGUAGAUGUUAUAUCGAUCGUGGUGGCGGUACUGGCGUUAUUGGGAACUAUUGCCCAAGCUGCUCUUUCUGCCUUUUUCGGGAUCUAUUCAGAAGAACGAAAACGUCGAAUAGAUCUACAAACCACUUUUUCCAAAUACCACGAUCCACUUCACCUCGCGGCAGAUGAUCUUUCUGCGAAGCUCAUCAAUAUCAUCGACUACAACUUUGCUUCAGUUAUUCUCAACGAAAACGAGCCCGAGUUGCAAACAUAUGGCAUAACCCACACGUGUUUCGUCUUUGCACAGUUCUUUGCUUGGGUAUACAUUUUACGUCGCGACACCGAAUUUCUUCGACCGAAUACAACGCUGAAUUCGGCUGGAGCAGAAGUCAUACAGUUGCUGGCACAUAUUCGUGAAAUCCUUCGUUCAGGCCACGUAAAAAGAUUUCGAAUUCUUUCUGGCAUCCAGUCCGCGAUUGGGGAGAUAACGACUGAGAAAGAAAUGCAGGAUAGCAGUCAAGUCGGACAAUUGCGCUGCUUGGGAUAUGCGGCGUUCUGUGAAAGAUGGGCAGAUCCAACUUUCAGGGCCUGGUUCCGGCCUAUUGUGGACGGGCUCAAAGCUCUUGCUCGAGGCAGAGAUGUCGAUCGCGAAGACAGACUGCAGAUAUUGCAGCACCUGCUUUCGGACCUCACUGAUGUGCUUGACCCGGAGCAUAUCCAUAGCACCGCUGGGGGACAUGGCAAGAAAUCCUCGUCAUGGUGCGUCUGUAGGAAAUGUCAGUAUCCUGAGAGGAAGGAGGCCCAUUUAACUGGGACCUUGGGGAAAAAAGAACAGUUCAGUAUUUUCAAUGGGCAUGCCAAGGGUUGAGAGCUCGAGAAAGCUACAAUGUAAAGAUUUCGACUGCCAGUGUAGAGUUCAAUGUACAGAAGUAACAGAACACCAAUGACCAUA